AUGUUGCGAACUCGUCUGUCCACCAACCUGGCCACCCGCGAGCUCACACAGACUGCCUGGUCCACCUUAGCUUGUUCGUUCCGUUUCGUCGACUCAACCCACGGCGAGGGCGCGUCGACAGCCGAGUUCGAGGCCAUGUCCACUCCCUCGUCCGUCGGCCCCGCUCCUAGACUGAGCUUUUGGUUCCGCGAGCUUUCUGGACUGCCUGACGAGCCACUGCCUUUGUUCCCAACCUUGGCGCUAGUGGUCGAGCGCCAGACUACCAACAACCUCGGCCUCUCGCAAGCCGGCAUCAAAGUCCUGAUAGGCUGCGUCGACUUCAUCUUGCACGCCGGCGCCCAAGGGUCCUGUCUGAACACCUACGCGUCGAUCCGCGACCCGAGCGUGCGGUCGACGGGCUUCCUUGCCGCUCUAGGCCUCGCCGCCAGCCACAGUCGCCCGACGCGCUUCCAUCUCGUCUCCAGCGUCCGCGCCAUCCUCUUCAGCGGCAAAAACGAAUAUCCCGAGGUCUCCAUGAUCGCCGACGGCGUGCUCGGGGACAACGGCGGCGGCGGCGGCGCCGAGGAUGCCAACACCACCCCGGGCGUCAAGUACAUGCACCACACGACGAGCAGCGUGGUCCCCGUGCGGCAGUUCCAGCCCUUCAUGGAUGAGAGGCUAGACAGGCCGCUGCGGUGGCUGCAGAUGAUGGAGUGGACAGCGCGGGUCGAGGAGGCGGGCUUCCUGCGCGCCGUGUGCGAGGUCGGCGAGGCGCGAUACCCGAAAUUAUUGUUGCUGGGAAGCGGGAUUGCAGAGGGGAAAUGA